CAAAGACAACAGCCUAGAUCAAGAACAGAACUAGGGGAGUAUCAUCCUCAAACAGGUCGAAUGCUUCAAGCUCUCCUUAAUUCCAUCAAACACAAACCUCAAAUCAAACAGGUUGGUUCACUUCUCUUACAUCUUUCUUCUUUUCCUAGAAAAUUUCAACUUUCUUCAUACUCUACAAAAGCAACAAUAUAUACUAGCCAAUAUUCAUCUGCAGCUAUAAAAUCAGGGAGUUUAAGCUUGUUGGUUAACAAAGGUGAGAUUUUGCACAACCCCAUCAUUAAAGAUUACCUUCUUAGUCUAUCUGAGAUCUCCCCUGCAACUAUUCGUAGAUUUUGGAGAGUUUCUGUAUUGAAUCCUAAUGAUUUUCUUGAAAUAUUAUUCGGUUUUCAAAAUGAUAGUGGAAAUAUUGAGGUUGAGGUUAAAAAGAUUAAAUCUUUAUGGGAAAUUUAUAUGUGGGCUAGUAAGCAAAAUAAGAAUUUUAAGCAUCUUACUGAGGCCUCUAGGAUCAUUGCCUCAAUGCUUGUUCGUGCCGAUUUAUUUAAAGAAGUUGAAUGUUUGGUUUCAUUGUUGGAUAGCCAAGGAAUUUUCUUGGAUAAUCAUGAGAUUUACAGUAAUCUAAUUGAAGUGAUUGUGGAUGAUCGUCGAUUAGAUAAAGCUAUUGCAUAUUAUGAUCGAAUGAGGAUGCGAGGUUUAUCCCCAUCGAUUUCAUGUUACAGGAUGCUUGUGGAGUUUUUGAUUCAAAUAAAUGAAACGCGAUUGGCAUUUCAAGUUUAUGCUGAUGCUUUAGAUACUGGCUUGGGGAGGAGUGUAUCUGAAGGGGGAAUUUAUGAGGGUGUCAUUAGACUGUUAUGUGCUGAUGCUAAAGUUCAGGACGCGAGGGAUCUGGUUAAGAAGGCCCUGGCUUUUGGACUUGAACCUAAUUAUUUAAUCCUCAAUUCUGUUGCUUCUGGUUAUUGUGAUAAAAGAGAUUAUGAUGAUUUGCUGAGUUUCUUUGUCGAGAUUAGUUGUAUGCCUGAUGUAACCAUAGUCAAUAAGCUUAUCCAGUCUGUCUGUGAACAGUUUGGUGUUGCAAGUGGGAACUCAUACGUGCUGAAGUUAGAUCAACUCGGAUUCUAUAUGAAUGAAAUAACAUUUGGGAUUUUGAUUGGAUGGGCUUGUCGUGAAGGAAAACUGAAGGAUGCGUUCUUUUAUCUCUCAGAGAUCCUGUCGAGAAAUCUAAAGCCCCAUAUAUUUUCAUAUGAUGCUAUUCUUAGUGGGCUUUUCAAGGAGGGUAUGUGGAAGCACUAUCGAGACAUUCUUCAAGAAAUGGAAGAUCAGGGAGUAGAGCCCGAAUUAUCGACGUUCAGGGUUCUUUUAGCUGGAUUUUGUAAAGCUAGGCAAUUUGAUGAAGUGAACACAGUGGUUUCUAAGAUGGUAGAUCGUGGCUUGAUCCAACUAUCGCCUACGGAAGAUCCACUUUCCAGAGCAUUCAGAUUCUUAGGUCUCGAUUCUUCUGCUGUGAAAAUCAGAAGAGACAAUGAUAUAAGAUUUCAUAAAGGAGAAUUUUUUGAUAAUCUUGGGAAUGGGCUUUAUCUGGAUACAGAUGUGGAAGAGUAUGAGAGAACUAUUGACAAAGUCCUUCAUGAUGCCAUGCUUCCUGAUUUUAACUCCUUUGUAUGGAAAGAUUACAUGAAAAAAGACAUGAAAAAUGCUGUGAUGAUGGUGGAUCAAAUGACUUGUUGGGGGCAAGAAAUAUCUCCGGGUGUUCUGGAUGCCUUAUUGAAAGGGCUGUGUGUAUCCAGCAUUUGUAUUAAGACCAUUUCUGGUCUAUUGGAAAAAGUUCCAAAUUUGACAUGUCAGCUUGAACAAGAAACUUUGAAUAUGCUUGUUCAGAAAUACAGCAAAAAGGGAACUGUGGACAGGGCAAGAGCAAUUUUGCAUGGCAUGCUAAGAAGAAACCUAAGAAUUGACAGUGACACUCAUACUGCUCUUCUGAUGGGCUUAUGCAAGAAAGGUGAUCUCAGAGGUCUAACUUCCCACUGGAAGCUUGCACAAACUAAUAGCUGGUUACCUAAUUUGAAGGAUGGAAAAACACUUUUCGGUCGCCUAUGCAGGCGAAGACGGUUUAAUGAAGUACUGGAGCUUUUUAAUGCCUUGCUGGCGCUCUACCCUAAUGAAGUAUGUGAUGCUUUUCAUGUGUUCCUUGAAGAGCUCAGUGCCAAAGGAUUCACAAGCCUGGCCAAGGUUCUGGCAAAGGAAAUCUUAAGCCAGGGCUGUAUUUCGAGUCGGUUGGCUCAUCGCCAUCUUAUUGAGGAGUUUUGCAAAUGGAAAAGUUUUGGAGAAGCUGCUGUCAUCUGUGAUACCAUGCUUGCUAAGGACUGGGUCCCACCCUUGGAUGCGUCUCUUCAAUUAAUUCCUCAGCUAUGUAGAUCUGGUAAUUUUGACAAAGCUCUUGAGCUGAAAAAUAUUUGUUUAGGAGACGAGCCUUCUGCUUUGCUUCCUUUACACUGUGCUUUAAUUCACGGGUAUUUCAAGUCUGGGAGGAUCGGAGAAGCAACCAGUCUCUUCCAAGAAACAAUGGAAAACGAGCCAUUUCUGAGUGUUGAAAUUUGUGAUGUUCUGUUUCAAGGAUACUGUCAAGUUAACAAGAGGAAGAAAGUCGAGGAGCUACUUGGUGUCGUGAUAAGUAAGAACUUAGGUAUCAGCAUUGCAAGUUACCGCAAUAUAGUGCGGUUGAUGUGUACAGAAAGCAAGGUAUCUACAGCAUUACACCUGAAAGAGCAUAUGCUUAAACAAAGAAACCCUCCUACUGCUGUGAUAUAUAAUAUUUUGAUUUAUUCCCUUUUCUCAAUUAAUAAAACAUCAGUUGUCAAUACGCUUGUACAUGAGCUCCAAGGUAAAGGACUGCAACUAGAUGAGGUGGCUUACAACUAUCUCAUUCAGGGGUUCUGUUGGUGUAAAGAUUUGUCGUCUGCCACUCGAUAUCUAAAAUCUACGAUGGAGAAAGAUUUGAGGCCAAGUAACCGUAGUUUGAGAGAGGUGAUCAAAUGCCUUUGUUGUAAUGGGGAGCUUGAAGAAGCUUUAACCUUGAGCAAAGAAAUGGAGUUCAGAGGUUGGAGUCAUGGUUCUGUUAUUCAACACAAUAUAGUGGAGACCCUUCUUUCUCAUGGUAAGCUAAGUGAAGCCGUAAACUUUUUGGACCGGAUGGCAAUAAAAUGCCUCAUUCCUAAAAAUAUUGAUUAUAAUUAUCUUAUCAAGCGACUUUGUCAGCAUGGAAGGGUAGAUAAAUCAAUAAAUCUUAUGGACAUUAUGUUGAGAAAAGGGAAUGUGCCAGAGUCUAGCAGUUUUGAUUACGUGAUUCAAAGUUUCUGUACUUGGCGUAAACUGGAUGUAGCGCUGAAUUUCCAUGCAGAGAUGUUAUGUAGAAAUCAAAGGCCAAGCAUAAACACUUGGAGCAUUCUGAUCAAGAGCUUAACUGAAGGUGGACAACUUGCAGAGGCAGAAAAACAACUUGAUUCGAUGGUUCAGCUUGGUGAAAUCCCGAGGAGGGAAACGUAUUCUUUGAUGAUUAAUAGGUAUCGCUCCCAAAACAAUCUUAACAACGCAUCUGAGCUGCUACGUUCCAUGCAACGUUGUGGAUAUGAACCUGACUUUGAAACUCACUGGUCUUUGAUAAGCAAUUUGAGGGAUUCAAGUGAUAAUAUAAAUGAUGGCAAGCAGAGUGGGGGAUUUUUGUCUAAAUUUCUUUCUGAAAUUGGAUUUGUUAGGAGGAAUAAAGGGGGAUGACAUAUCUUGUACCAUAGUUUGUGAUUGUAUAAGCUUCUUGUUGAUUGUAUAAGCUUCUUGUUUGUUAUUCUCUAAUAAGCUAUAUGUAUUUUUCGUUUUAGUUGGUCAAAGUUUAGUUGCCUUUCCUUCUUGUAUAUCUAUAUCUCAUUUACAUGAACACCCAAAUGUUGGGCUGUGCAUACUUUGGUAUAUACUGAAAUACGGUAUUGAAAUUGAAAUUUUUGGCACCACA